AUCUGCAUGAUAACCCUUUGAGAAAGACAGGACAGGAAGCACCAUGUGCAUUUUACAGAUAAGAACACAGAAGUAGAGAAAGGUAAAGGGCCUCGCCUGCAGUCUCACAGUUAGUGGGUGGCUCAAGCUGAGACUGAGGCUCGUUCUUCAAUGCUGACCCAGGGCUCCUUCCGUCACACCACAAGAACACUAGACAACUACUCACCAGCCUUCCCGUUCCCUCUUCCCUCCACUCCAGAUUGUUACCAGCCAGCUGGUCUCCAUAAAUAUAACCUAGAACCAUGGAGCCAGGAAUUCUGGGAUGUUGGUGAAGAAAGAAAACUCAGGGAGCCAGUGAUUCUCUAACUCCCAGAACCUUGUUCAAAAACCACAAAUAUAAAGUGGAUAAAAGGCAAAGUAGGUGUAGAUGAAAUUGAGGGAGGAGGAGAGUAAUGCCCACCAGCCCUCGAACUGCUAAGAGUCUGUAGAGCGCAAUUUGAAAAGCUGUUGUUUCUGUCUAACCCUUUCAUUUUCAUUUUAUGAAACAGAAGCCAGAGAGGUGAAGUAAUUUGUCCGAAGACACACAGCAUAGUAUUAGCAGACCUGAGUCUAGAACCCAGGCCUCCUGAGCAGGUAAAGCUAACAUAACAAGCUCUGAGGAAGCAGGGACAGUGUGCAGAAUUGAACCUGACUGAAUGACCAUGUCUGCUGUACUCGCAUGAAGUGCCCCCGGUGGGGCAGAGCUGACAGGCAUGCCAUCUCUUCUCCAAGCAAGUGGGAACCUACGGUGACCACAGCUGAACUCCAACACACAUGGCUUCUUUGCCUGAAGUAGAGCCUAGCUGCCUAGAGAGAACUGAAAUCGGAUCCAGGACUUCUUUUGACUUUCAAUGGUAGGCUGUCCUCUUGGGCAUCACCACAUGAAGGUAUUGGGGCACAGCUGCCUCCUGUUCCCACACCACUCCUUUGGGACCCCAUAGAGGGGUAGCCUAGCAAAAGGAAGAGGAGAGCGUGGCCAGGAUGUGACUUCAGGUGGGGAAAGGGAAAAGUUAUUUCCCAGAAAGAGAAUUGGACCUGAGAUCCCAGCUGGAAAUAAAGGUUUUAUGGUGUUGGUAAAGGAAGUUUGCAUUGGGUUACUCCUCCCCUGAAUUGUCAUAUAGCUGAUCCAUUUGGAGAAUCAGUUGAUUCGGACUGUGCUGGACCACACACAUCUGGAAGGUUGUCCCCAAACAUCCCCUGGCCCUCAGUGUAGCCUGCUUAUUGCAUGUCGAGCACUGUGUAGACAUGAAUGUGAGGAGAUGUAAGAUGAGGCCCCUCCUCCAUAAAACUCACUGUAGCUGGGGAAACAGAGAUGUAAACAAAUCGUGACAAUCCUGGAGAUGUUCAAAGCUGUGCUAGCCCUGCCAGUUGGUAGGAGGAAGGUCAGCAAAGCUGCUGAUAAGAGGAGUAUAAAGAGGGCUCAGUGCAUGGCAAGGGGCAAUGGUCUACUCUGCUGGCAACAUGCUGCACUUCCUGGUGUUUGCUACCCUGGUCCUUUCUGGACACAGCACCCAGGACUUUCCGGAAACCAACAUCCGGGUAGUUGGGGGGACUGCGGCUCAGAAGAAAGCUUGGCCCUCUCAGAUUUCCCUCCAGUACAAGUCGGGAAGUUCCUGGCAUCAUACCUGCGGAGGGACCCUCAUCAGACAGCAAUGGGUGAUGACAGCUGCUCACUGCGUGGACAGCCAACUGACUUUCCGCGUGGUGGCUGGAGAGCACAACCUGAGCCAGAACGAUGGCACUGAGGAGUACGUGAGUGUGCAGAGCAUCGUGAAACAUCCUAAUUGGAACAGCAAUAACGUGGCUGCCGGCUAUGACAUCGCUCUGUUACGCCUGGCCCAGAGCGUUACCCUCAACAGCUAUGUCCAGCUGGGUGUUCUGCCCCAAGAGGGAGCCAUCCUGGCUAACAACAGCCCCUGCUACAUCACAGGCUGGGGCUUGACCAAGACCAAUGGAGAGCUGGCCCAGAACCUGCAGCAGGCUUACCUGCCUUCCGUGGACUACGCCACCUGCUCCAGCUCCUCCUACUGGGGCUCCACCGUGAAGUCCACUAUGGUGUGCGCUGGCGGAGAUGGAGCUCGCUCUGGAUGCCAGGGUGAUUCCGGAGGCCCUCUUUAUUGCUCCGUGAGUGGCCAGUAUGUUGUCCAUGGAGUGACCAGCUUUGUGUCCAGUCUGGGCUGUAAUGUCUCCAAAAAGCCCACAGUCUUCACUCGGGUCUCUGCUUACAUCUCUUGGAUAAAUAACGUCAUUGCCAGUAACUGAACAUUUUCCUGAGUCGAACAGCCUUCCCAAAGUGUUUCCUAGGUCCUCAGCAGGACUUAGGGCCAUUAAGGAAAACAAUCUGACUAUUGAGCCUGAUACAGAAAAGCAAAUAAAACUGAA